AUGCCGGUGCUGCGUAACGGAGCGCGCAGGGGCCGGGGAGCAGCGAAGCAGCAGGCGCGGCAGCAGGUUCCAGUGGCGGAAGGGGAGGCGAUUGCGACGAGGACCCGAAGGCGGCGGGCGGCGGCGGCGGCAGCAGCAGUGCCGAAGAGUAAUAACAACAACAACGACAAUAAUAAUAACAAGCAGCAACAGCAGCAUCAGCCGGAGCAGGUGCUGGUGGUAAAUGAAAACUUAGUUGUUGCGGCGAAGGAAGAAGAGAAUCGGGGAUUGGGGGAAGGUGUUGGUGCGGGUGGAGCGCAGAGGGAAGAGGUAGGGGAGAAAGAGAUGGUUGGAAAUGACAGUGGAGGUCGGAGCAAUGAUAAGGCCAAUGCUGGUGAAGAUGACGCCAAUACUCCUCAGGUUCCUCAGAAGAUUCAAGUUAGUAAUUCACCUUGUUAUAAAGUAGAAAGAAAACUUGGCAAGGGUGGAUUUGGUCAGGUAUAUCUUGGACGACGUUGUACUGGUCAUUUGAAUGAGAGAACUGGACCUGGAGCUGUAGAGGUUGCAUUAAAACUUGAGCAUAGAACUAGUAAAGGGUGUACGUAUGGACCUCCCUACGAGUGGCAAGUGUACAACACUCUCGGUGGCAGUCAUGGUGUGCCACAAGUACACUAUAAGGGCCGGCAGGGUGACUAUUAUGUCAUGGUUAUGGAUAUACUGGGACCUAGCCUGUGGGAUGUUUGGAAUAAUAACUCUCACUCCAUGUCCUCUGAAAUGGUUGCUUGUAUUGCCAUUGAAGCAAUAUCUAUAUUGGAAAAAAUGCACUCUCGAGGGUAUGUGCACGGGGAUGUGAAGCCUGAAAAUUUUCUGCUUGGUCCUCCUGGGACGCCUGAUGAGAAAAAAUUGUUCCUUGUAGAUCUUGGAUUAGCUACUAAGUGGAGGGAUAUUACAACAGGCUUACAUGUUGAAUAUGACCAAAGGCCAGAUGUUUUUAGAGGCACAGUCCGCUAUGCUAGUGUGCAUGCACAUUUAGGGAGAACUGCAAGCAGGAGGGAUGACUUGGAAUCUCUUGCAUAUACAUUGAUUUUUCUUCUCCGAGGUCGCCUUCCUUGGCAGGGAUUCCAGGGAGAAAACAAAGGAUUUCUGGUUUGCAAGAAGAAGAUGGGAACCUCUCCAGAGAUUCUUUGCUGCUUUUGUCCCCAACCUUUUAAGCAGUUUGUUGAACAUGUUGUGAACUUAAAGUAUGAUGAAGAACCUAAUUAUGCAAAAUACAUUUCUCUAUUUGAUGGGAUUGUUGGUCUUAACCCAGAUAUUAGACCAAUUAAUACAGAUGGUGCACAAAAGCUCAUUGGUCAUAAGAGAGGCCGGUUGGCCAUGGAAGAACAGGACGAUGAACAACCAAAAAAGAAGAUCCGUAUUGGUUUGCCAGCAUCCCAGUGGAUAAGUGUUUACAAUGCUCGUAGACCAAUGAAACAAAGAUAUCACUACAAUGUAUCAGAUGCAAGGUUAUCCCAGCACAUUGAGAAAGGAAAUGAGGAUGGCUUGUAUAUUAGCAGUGUUGCUUCAUGUCAGAACGUAUGGGCAUUAAUCAUGGAUGCAGGGACAGGUUUCGCUGGCCAAGUUUACGAACUCUCACCCUUUUUUCUCCAUAAGGAAUGGAUCGUGGAGCAAUGGGAACUAGGCUACUACAUCAGCGCAAUUGCUGGAGCUGCAAAUGGGAGCUCGCUAGUAGUAAUGUCUAAGGGCACACAGUUUGUGCAGCAAUCGUACAAAGUUAGUGAUUCAUUUCCUUUCAAGUGGAUUAACAAAAAGUGGAGGGAGGGAUUUUACGUGACUUCAAUGGCCACCUCAGGACCGAGAUGGGGAGUGGUCAUGUCUCGUGGUGCUGGAUAUUCAGACCAGGUGAUUGAACUAGACUUUCUGUAUCCUAGUGAGGGGAUUCACAAGCGAUGGGAUAGCGGAUAUCGAAUCACAGCCACUGCUGCAACUUGGGACCAAGCUGCUUUUGUCUUGAGUGUACCAAGGAGGAAGCCUUCAGAUGAAACUCAGGAAACACUCAGGACUUCUGCUUUUCCAAGUACACAUGUCAAGGAGAAGUGGGCUAAGAACCUCUACAUUGCUUCUAUUUGCUACGGACGUACAGUUUCUUGA